AUGCUGUCACGCACUCUCCUUACUGCCCUUGGUCUCACGACCAUUGCAGCCGCCGCUCCCUCGCAAACUGUCAAGACCCGUCAAGCUCCCGGAGGCCAGAAUGCCGUGUACUGGGGCGCCACCAACAACGAAAACGACAACCUGUCUACGUACUGCACGGCCAGCUCCGGAAUCGACAUUGUCAUCCUCUCAUUCCUGGACAUCUACGGCGCCACCGGCAACUUUCCCUCCGGAAACAUGGGCAACUCGUGCUAUGUCGGCACAAACGGCGUCCCCCAGCUAUGCGAUGACCUGGCGUCUUCCAUUGCCACUUGCCAGGCCGCCGGCAUCAAAGUCAUCAUAUCUCUUGGCGGCGCCGCCAGCUCGUACUCUCUGCAGUCGCAGUCCCAGGCUGUAGCCAUCGGCCAGUACCUCUGGAACGCAUACGGCAACUCGGGCAACACCACCGUCCAGAGGCCCUUUGGCAACGUCUUCGUCAACGGCUUCGACUUUGACAUUGAGUUGAACGCCGGCAGCCAGUACUACCAGUACUUGAUCUCGACCCUGCGGUCCAACUUUGCCAACGACCCCAAGAACACGUACUACAUCACCGGUGCCCCCCAGUGCCCCAUCCCUGAGCCCAACAUGGGCGAGAUCAUCAGCACCUCUCAGUUCGACUACCUGUGGGUGCAGUUCUACAACAACAACCCCGUGUGCUCUCUCGGUCUCCCCGGUGACGCCCCCUUCAACUUCAACGACUGGGUCUCGUUCAUCUCAACGACCCCCUCGAAGAACGCAAAGCUCUUUGUCGGUGCUCCUGCUUCGACUCUGGGAGCCAAUGGCAAUGCCGGCGGUGCAAAGUACUACGCCACGCCUGAGCAGCUGGCCGGCAUCGUCAACAGCGUCAAGUCCAGCCCCUUUUUCGGCGGUAUCAUGCUCUGGGACGCCGGCUACUCUGACUCCAACGUCAACAACGGCUGCAACUACGCCCAAGAAGCGAAGAACAUCCUUCUCACUGGCACUGCGUGUGGAGGAGAAUCCAGCCCUCCUCCUUCGACGACGACUACCGCGGUUCCCCCGCCGGCCAGCUCUACUCCGUCGAACCCUUCAGGCGGUUCGGUUCCCCAAUGGGGGCAGUGCGGUGGUGAUGGUUACACUGGUCCUACGCAGUGUGUGGCCCCGUACAAGUGCGUUGCCACGAGUGAGUGGUGGUCAUCAUGCCAGUAA